GUGAGGAGGAGCUGUUCACAAAACCACUAACAUCUCGUGAAUUCUUAAUGUAAUCACAGCGCACAUUCUUGAUAAAGGUGUAUGUGCUGCUGCGUUCAACAGUUUACAUUUCUUCUACUCUGAUUUUGCAUAACACGGGUGCUUUAUAUCUUCGAAUUCAGCCAGUGGUGCUGUAGCUCAGUGGGUUUCAUAACUUAAAUCCAUGCGGAGAAAGUGACGCCGGUGCGGGACAGAGCUUGCUGCAUCACGCGAGAGCUCAGCAUCAGCAGCAUCACUGCAGCGGGACAGGUGCGUGCACGCGCACUCCAUCAUCACCCACACCGAAACUGAACCCGGAGCGUGGAUGCACGUACAAUGACGGCCGUGUGUUUGCUGGAAGCUUGUUUGAGCGGGGGACACUAACAUCUGCUGUGUUUUCUUCUUGAGGUGUGCAGUCAUGCUUCUCAAAGGGCUGAUCUUGUUGAUGCUGUUAAUACAGUUCUCUGCAGUGAGCUUUGCCAAAGAAGGAGGCAAACCCAAGAAGGGGAAAAAAGGCAAACAGGUCGUCUGUCCCUCUCAGUUAUCAGCAGAGGACCUGGACAGAGUCCCAGCAAACUCAACCAGCAACAUACUCAACCGCUUGAUGAUGACCUAUGACUCACGAAUACGACCAAACUUCAAAGGUAUCCCAGUGGAGGACAAGGUGAACAUCUUCAUCAACAGCUUUGGGUCGAUCCAGGAGACUACAAUGGAUUACCGUGUUAAUAUAUUCCUGCGUCAGCGCUGGAAUGACCCACGGCUGCGGCUACCAACUGAUUUUAAGUCCGAUGCAUUGACCGUGGAUCCAAAAAUGUUCCAGUGCCUGUGGAAGCCAGAUCUGUUUUUCGCCAAUGAAAAAAGUGCUAAUUUUCAUGAUGUCACACAGGAAAACAUACUUCUGUUCAUUUUCCGCAAUGGAGAUAUCCUCAUCAGCAUGAGAUUGUCUGUCACUCUUUCUUGCCCUCUGGAUCUAACGCUGUUUCCUAUGGACACCCAGCUCUGCAAGAUGCAGUUAGAGAGCUUUGGCUAUACCACAAAGGACCUGGUGUUUAUGUGGCAGUCUGGAGACCCUGUUCAGAUGGAUGAGAUUGCUUUGCCACAGUUUGAUGUAAAGCAAGAGGAUAUCAAGUAUGGAAAUUGCACAAAGUUCUACCCGGGAACAGGUUAUUAUACAUGUGUGGAAGUCAUCUUCACUCUCAGGAGGCAGGUGGGCUUCUAUAUGAUGGGUGUUUAUGCUCCCACCCUGCUGAUUGUGGUCCUGUCAUGGCUGUCCUUCUGGAUAAACCCAGACGCCAGUGCAGCUCGAGUGCCUUUAGGUAUUCUGUCUGUCCUGUCGCUGUCGUCUGAGUGUAUGUCUCUAGCGUCUGAGCUUCCUAAGGUCUCCUAUGUGAAAGCCAUUGAUAUCUGGAUGAUUGCCUGUUUGCUGUUUGGUUUUGCCUCUCUUGUGGAGUACGCUGUGGUUCAGGUGAUGCUGAACAGUCCCAAGCGCAUUGAGGAAGAGAAGGCAAAGAUGACUCAGAAAGAUAAAGCAAGAGAAAAAGAGAACAAGACACUAGCUAAGACUAACAGUGCCAAUGGCACUGGAGGGACACCUAUACAUGUCAGCACACUACAGGUUGUGGAAAACCGCUGUAAGAAGGUGUGUACUUCGAAAUCUGAUCUGCGCUCAAAUGAUUUCAGUAUUGUCGGUUCUCUUCCACGAGAUUUCGAACUCUCAAACUUCGACUGUUACGGCAAGCCCAUAGAGGUCACAGACGCUGCGGGCAAAUCACAGAAAAAGAACAACAAGAAGCCGGCGCCUCCGAAACCUGUCAUUCCAUCCGCUGCUAAACGGAUUGAUCUCUAUGCACGAGCUCUGUUCCCUUUCACCUUCCUCUUCUUCAAUGUUAUCUACUGGUCUGUCUACCUGUGACAUCACAAAGUGUAUGUACGCGUGUGAUUAUGUAUGUGUGCGUGUGCUUUUAUGUCGAUGAGGGUGAUAAUCCAGCAUGAACAAAACAUUCAAAUGUUCAUCGUUUUCAAUCUUUGAUGUCUGUUAUGUUGGUCUGUCAGUUUUAUAUAGUCCUGCUUAUUUCUAUUUUUUCUCAUAAAACGCUUUUUGAAAUGUGCAGCUUUAAUACAAGUAAACUUUGUAGCAUGACUUUACAGACAGUGUGUUCAGCUGUGUUUGGUCCAAAGUGCUAGAUGUCCAUGAUGUCCCAUGCAAAGCAUCCAUAAUUGUCAAUUGUUUAUAAACUCAGGCAACAAUUUGCUUACGGAAAGAAAGACUGUAUCAGAUCUGGACUCAGACAACAUGCAGUAUAUGUAAUGGUCUUAUUGGAUAUGAGUCUAGAAGUAAGAAGAAGGGAUUUAACUGCUGUUGUACUGCCAUACUAACUGCUGUUGUACUGCCAUACAAUAAAGAUCCUUCAUCAUCAUCAUCCUCUCGUCUGUUAUUUUGGAUGAGCAGAUGUUUGUGCUGUUGACACAGCUUAACAUAAACUCAUACAAACAUAACACACAGACCUUCCAACCUUUUGUGAAGACUAUUUUAGACAAAAUCUCCCUUUCCCGUACUUUGACUCAACGCACAGUACUCAAAUUGUAACCAAAUGCAAUCAUCAUUGUAAUACUCUUUUAUUACUCUUUUAUUACAUUACUCACAUUUUACUGCUGGUUAUAUAUUCUCUAUAUAAUCGUGUAUGUGACGAAUAAAAAUCUUGAAUCUUGAA